GCGCGCGCCUUUGCGCGCUCCCGCUGAGCUGUGUGGAUUGGAAGUUUCCCAGCAAGUUGAGAGGGACGAGAGGACUGCUGGGAGCGGACUGCUGCGAGACUCCGGGAACAAGGACAUACAACAGACCACAGAGACUGGAGCCGGCUUUUUAGUUCAAGUUUAUCCCUGAAGACCAACCGUGGCUCUCGCUGGUGUCUGUGAAGUUUCCUCACGGGAGAAGAGGAGGCGACGCCGGGUAGGCUGGAAUUACUGAUGGACCUUUGAACUAAAAAAACUGGAAAGUGGAGAAGACACUAUUGACUGACAGGGCAGAGACUGGUCACCCACCGUCACCUCCCCACCUAGCACCCAGGUCGUCUCUAUGCUCAUCAACCUGACGGUGGCCUUCAAGGAAACUUGUGCCUUUCAUGGAACAGUGCCUGCGCACCCCGCCACUGCCCCAGAAGCUGUGGAAGUGACGGCUAUGGAUUCACGUCCGGUGCUGGUCGCGCCUCCGCCGCCUUCCCUGGCACCUCCGCCACCUCCACCUCCUCCUCCUCCUCCUCCCCUGCCUCCACCUUCGUCCUCCUCUGCUUCCUCGCCUUUCAGCCGGGCGGACAGUGCCCGUCGGAGCCGGCUGAGGAAGCUGAACUGGGAGCGUAUCCCCAAAGAGAAGGUGGAGGGGAGGAAGAGUGUGUGGAGUGGGGCGGCCCCGGGCGAGGAUGAGUUCCCCAUUGACCUCCACUCUCUGGAUGAGCUGUUUGGUCAGAAGGACAGCAAGCCUCAGGACAGAACCAGCACCCUGAGACGCCGCUCUGCUCUGCUUCGCUGCAGAUCCCCCCAGGACAGCCCGGAAGAGAUCUCCCUGUUGGACUCCAAGCGCAGUAUGAACAUUGGAAUAUUUCUCCGCCAGUUCAAGAUGCCUGCUAAAGAGAUAGUGGAGGAUAUCAGGCAAGGUGCCGGGGCACGUUAUGGAGCGGAGAAGCUCGCAGAGCUCUGCAAAUUGCUGCCUGACAGUGAGGAGGAGUCCCGCCUGAGGACGUUCAGUGGGGAGCGGAGCUGGCUUGGAGAGCCUGAUCUUUUCAUGCUGCUGUUGGUGGAAGUCCCCAGCUUUCGGCUUCGUCUCGAUGCCAUGAUCCUGCAACAAGAGUUUGACCCUGCUGUGACCUCUCUGUGUGUGGCAGCCAGAUGUCUGAGGGAGGCGGCCAGAGAACUGCUGAGCUGUCCUGAAUUACACUCCAUCCUCCGUUUGGUGCUGAAAGCUGGGAACUACAUGAAUGCAGGUGGAUAUGCGGGGAAUGCUGCUGGUUUCCGAAUUUCAUCGCUGCUCAAACUGGCUGACACCAAAGCCAACAAGCCUGGCAUGAAUCUGCUGCAUUUUGUUGCUAUGGAAGCUGUGAAAAAAGAUCAGAGUUUACUGUCAUUUCCCAGCCAACUAGGCCAUGUUGGCUCCGCCUCCAGGUUGUGUGAGGAGUCUGUGCUGGAGGAUUUAUCCAAACUAAAGAUCAGAGUGGUUGCCCUCAAGGCAAACAUCCAGACUGCGGAGGAGAUACAGCAGCACACACACCCUUUCCUGGAGGUGGCUGAGGAACGUUUGAAGGAGGCAGAGGAUGAGGUAGAGGGUAUGAGGAUGUCGAGUCAGGCUCUGAUGGAGUUCUUCUGCGAGGACGACAGCACUUUCAAACUUGAGGAGGCUUGCCGGGUCUUCCAUCUGUUUUGUCACCGCUUUCAAAGAGCUGUCCAGGAGAACGCAGAGCGGGAGUUGAAGGAACAGAAACGUCUGGAGCGUCAGCGUGAGAUAGGGGAGAAACGCCGCUCUCUGGCCAUCUGUACGGGGCUGGACCCCGGCCUGAGCAUUGCCAGAGAGCCUCACAGACAGGAGAACCAAGAUGAGCUGGAGAAACUCUUAGAGAAGAACCUGAGCUACACUUGGAGUCGUCGUAGCCUGAGAAGCUCUGAGUCCCGUAGACACUCACACCACCUUUACAAUGACACCCACCUCCAUAGCACCGCCAUACUAAAGAGCUUCCCUGAGUUGGGCAGCAGCCCAACAUCGACCAGUUAUCACUCAAGCUCCUCUGACCACGAGAACACAAUGGUACUUGGUAGCUCUCCAGACACUGACGGCACAUGUUCCCCCACUGACCAAGAACCAGUUCUGAGUAGAGGGAGCAGGGCUCAGCCAGGCCAAACAACCAGCCGGAGCAUGGAAGCAGUUCAGGAAUCGAACGUUGCUACAUUUAGUCUUUCUCAGCAUGGACGUUGCUUCACAGUUGAACAAGGGCCUGAGAGCUUUUCAUAUGUGCUGCAAGGCCAACUAAAGGAAACAGAACUUGAAAAAGAAGCUGAAAUUUCACAUGAACACAUGGCUUCAAUGAAUAAUGACUCUUCACCCAGUUCCUGUACAACUGCUGCUGCUGUAAAUACUGAUACACCUGCCUUGUGUGUCCAAACCCAGACCUCUACUCAGAGACAAAGGUUUGGCCCACAAGUAACAGACAAUAACCGCUCUCCUCAGAGUAAAUCCAAUGGCUCUUCUGUCAAUGAGCCUCGACCCCAGUCUGUUAAUAUGAGUGGAAUCGUUUCUCAUAGUGACACCCGAGCUAGGCUUUUGAGGUACCAGAGAUCUGAGAGCCAAUCACAAUCAUCUAUAAAUGCUCCAGAUAAAGCACAGUCACAAUCACAGAUGAAAGCUGUUAUGCCAUUGCCCGAUGCAGGACUAACAAAGCAGACAGACACAGAGGUGGGGUCCAUACCUGUCAGCAAGAAUUGGAAGCCCUCCAGUCUACCAGAGUUCAGCCAGUCACAGCCAUUGAAGUACUCUGACUUGCCAAGUCCUGAGAGUGAGAUUGCAAGGUCCUACUCCCGAGUGGGGGAAACACUGGAGUGCCGCACUUUGGUGAAAGGCCUCCGAUCCUAUGAUGCCUUGUCACCCCCAACGUCUCCACUCCCGCGACCUCCACCAAGCCUCUGCUCCAAGUGGAGGAAGGAGAGGAAGGUUGACCUUCAAGAGGGUACAACUCCAGGUUCUCCAACAUCAAAGGAGAGUCAAACCAUGAAGGCCCCUUUGCGUUGUGGAAUAGGAUCCAAAAGGGGACUUGUGUCACGUCCAGGACCUUCCAACAACACAGGCAUUCCCAGGGUCCGCUCUAAAACAGAGUCUUCAAAUGCUGCAGCAGGCCCUACAAACCCUCCCACUCCUACCCGGCUAUCUACUCCUCGGAGCAUAUCAAUGCGCUCCUCUCCCAUCUCUCGGGCUGCCAAUGUUCAGGGAGAGGUGAAACGAAGUAACAGCACUCGAGAGAGGACUGUAGGUGAGUCACAGACUCCAGGAAAGCCUAUGCUGACCCGUAGGGCCUCAGACAGAUCCAUACCAGAGAAGGUCUCAGGAAACACACAGCCAGCCUUUGUUAGGGGGACUCCUCUUCGUGUGUCAAAACGACUCGCCCCAAACUCUGAGACUCAGGUGUCUUCCCAGCCUAACACUGCGCACGGCCCAUCCUCCGCCACAGCCAAGACUAUACGCACAGCUGUCAUAUCUGCUGCCCGAAAUAAGACUAAGACCACAGGCAAUAGCUCUUCACCUGCGAGCUCCAAAAUCCCUACAGCUUCUCGGUUACCUUGUCCUAAAAUGUCUCGAGCCACUGCAGCUCAGGCACUGUGGAGGUGAUGGAAAUGAACAAGUGCCCGUAUUGUGCAGUUUUUAAGUCUUUGUUAUGUUUUUUAUUUUUUUAUUUUAUGUGUUUCAGUCUUAAUAUAUACAGUGUGGGUAUUCAUGAAUGUGUGUCCUCAGUCAGAUGGUUUCUGGUCUGAAUCAGCUCUCCUUCAACUUGAGUUAAUUUAAAGUAAACUUUUAUGACAUUUGUAUGUAGUUGUAAGGGCUUAGGUUCUACAAAUGUGUGAGAGAGCUGCACUGGGAGCAACUGGGAUACUUUAGCUCAUGUAUUUCACCCACCUCUAGAAAAAUAGAAUUGAUUUUAAAUCCUACCUCUUUUUUUUUACAUCCGCUUGUGUCCUUUGCAGGCAAUAGGACACUACAAAGAGACUCAUGUUCAAAUUUUGAACAGUUUAACACAUAGUAUAUGUGUUUCAAUCACUCUGGCAUAGAUUUAAAAAAUAUAUUUUAGGAGUUGUCCAGAUGUUUUGAAUAUUGUGACCCUUCUGCAAAGUAAUCAUCACAAAUGACUAAACUUAAUUCGGUACACUAUUGAACUUUUCAUCCUCCUGUUGUGAGGCCUUAUCAGUCUGAUGCACUUUACAAACUGAAGAAGAGGCUGUGAGAAGACUAUUUCUGUAAGUUCUGUUUUAUAUCAAAAUAUUCUAUAACUUUAUUGAAUAGAAUUGGUUGUUAUUCACUGCAUCAUGUGGAUUUGUAAAUAAAAGAUGAUGACUGAAAA